AUGCAGUCCCUCACAUCUCGCUUUGAUCAAUUGGCACUUCUCGGCAAGCCGCUUGCUCUUGAAGAACAACUUGAGUUCAUCUUCAAAGGUCUUCCUGAAGAUUACAAAUCUGUCAUUGAUCAAGUGGAAGGACGUGAGACCCCACUGUCCAUCCUUGAAGUUCAUGAAAAGCUUAUCAACAAGGAAGCCAAACUCAUGGCCAUGGCACUUUCACACACCACCUCUGGUCCGACCUCUGCUCAUGUUGCCACUACUCGUCCACAUACCUCUGGGAAACCAUUCUAUCGUCCAAACCAAACCUGGAACAACAACAAACAACAAUCACGCAAAGACAACCGCAUAACAAGAGGUUNCAAGCAAGCCGCCAAGGGAGAUAAGACUGUUGACGACUAUAUGCAGUCCCUCACAUCUCGCUUUGAUCAAUUGGCACUUCUCGGCAAGCCGCUUGCUCUUGAAGAACAACUUGAGUUCAUCUUCAAAGGUCUUCCUGAAGAUUACAAAUCUGUCAUUGAUCAAGUGGAAGGACGUGAGACCCCACUGUCCAUCCUUGAAGUUCAUGAAAAGCUUAUCAACAAGGAAGCCAAACUCAUGGCCAUGGCACUUUCACACACCACCUCUGGUCCGACCUCUGCUCAUGUUGCCACUACUCGUCCACAUACCUCUGGGAAACCAUUCUAUCGUCCAAACCAAACCUGGAACAACAACAAACAACAAUCACGCAAAGACAACCGCAUAACAAGAGGGUACCAAGGCAAGUGUCAACUAUGCGGAGUGUUUGGACAUAGCGCACAACGCUGUUCACGGCUACCUUUCAUCCUUGGCAACCACGGGCCAAUCUCGCUCUUGGACACCAACAGACAACCACUCCGAGGUUACUUGACAGUGGAGCCACCCACCACGACAUGA